UAUCAACAUUGGGGAACCAUUCAGAGCCAAAAGCUGCACACAUAACGGCCUCAAAAGAUGAGAGAAAUGCAUUCAUGGCCGUAUUUCCAGAUGUUGUGCGCGAACUCAGCGAGGCAGCUAAAAGAUACACAACUCCUGAGACCGAAAACUGGUUCACAAAGGCUCUGCAGUACAAUUUGCCACACGGCAAAAAGAAUCGUGGCCUACUCACCGUUUUAACGUAUAAAAAUCUAGUCAAACCUGAUGCGCUCGGUGCGGAAAAUUUAAAAUUGGCCCAAUACCUGGGUUGGUGUGUCGAAAUGGUACAAUGUUUCUUCCUCAUUAACGACGACAUGAUGGACAACAGCACUACACGUCGUGGACAACUGUGUUGGCACAAAUUGGAGGAGGUUGGCUUUAUAGCCAUCAAUGAUGCGCUUAUGAUUGAGAGUGGAGUUUAUGAAAUACUACGCAAUAAUUUCCGCCACUUGGAUUGCUAUGUUGAUCUGCUCGAAUUGUUCCAUGAAAUAACAUUCAUCACAACUUGUGGGCAAUCCAUGGAUUUACUGAAUGCUAAUAAGAGUGUCAACACAUUCACUAUGGACAAAUAUAAUUUGGUUGUCUCGAAAAAGACUUCUCAUUACACUUUCUAUUUUCCGGUAGCUUUGGCCUUACAUUUAGCGGGCGUUAAAGAUCCGGAAAUUUUCCGUCAAUCCAAAACUAUUCUAUUGGAGAUGGGUCAUUUAUUCCAAGUACAAGAUGACUUCCUUGAUUGUUUUAGCAAUCCCGAGAUUAGUGGCAAAAUAGGCACAGAUAUACAGGAUAAUAAGUGUUCCUGGUUGGCGGUGACGUGCAUGCAGCGAGCUAGUCCGGAGCAGAGAGCUAUUAUGGAGGAGUGUUAUGGGAAAAAUGAUUCCGAGAAAAUCGCGCGUGUUAAGCAGCUCUAUAAAGAAUUAGACAUUGCCAGGAGUUUUGCCAUAUACGAAGAAGAAAAAUACAAUAUGAUUAAAGCACAGAUCCAUCAAACCACGUGUGGCAUACCACAGGAAGCGUUCUUACAAUUACUUAAUAAAAUAUAUCGCCGGGACUCAUAAGUCGAAACACAAGAAGAAACCCCAAAACGAAUACAGCUAAUUUGUGCAGUUAAACGCGCAGCUCUUUAUCUGUGGGGAUUUUACGCGUUAUGAGGAUGUUUAUGUUUGAACAUUGAUGGGCUCGGGUUGUGUGCAAUCUGGAACACAAACUUAAUUUUAUCUAGUUAAAAUAAUAGGUUUUUACACUUCAUUGAAAACCUAAGAACUGGUAUCAAUAUUAGUAAAUAAAGGGAAUUUAUGUAUACAUUUGAAACGAUUGCGAAA